GGCGGGGCCGGGGCGCGGGCGGCGCUCUAGGCGCGCCCGCGCGCGACUCGAUGGUCCCCGGCGGUCAGGUGCGCCGCUCCCGCGCGUCGGGGCGGACGUUGCCCCUUUAAUCGGCCGAGGGCGGCGCCGGGGAGUCCCGCGAGAGCGGCGGGGGCGGGGGGCGGCGCCGAGCCGGGGGUCCCGCGGCCGAUGGAGCCCGCCAUGGAGCCGGAGACGCUGGAGGCGCGAAUCAACAAGGCCACCAACCCCCUGAACAAGGAGCUGAACUGGGCGGGCAUCAACGGCUUCUGCGAGCAGCUCAACGAGGACUUCGAGGGGCCUCCCCUGGCCACUCGGCUGCUGGCGCACAAGAUCCAGUCCCCACAGGAGUGGGAGGCCGUGCAGGCUCUGACGGUGCUGGAGACGUGCAUGAAGAGCUGCGGCAAGAGGUUCCACGACGAGGUGGGCAAGUUCCGCUUCCUCAACGAGCUCAUCAAGGUGGUGUCGCCCAAGUACCAGGGCUCGCGCACGUCGGAGAAGGUGAAGAACAAGGUCCUGGAGCUGCUGUACAGCUGGACGGUCGGGCUGCCCCAGGAGGCCAAGAUCGCAGAGGCCUACCAGAUGCUGAAGAAGCAGGGGAUCGUGAAGGCGGACCCCAAGCUCCCGGAUGACGCCGUCACCGCCUUCGCCCUCCCUCCCCCUCGGCCCAAGAAUGUCAUCUUCGAGGACGAGGAGAAAUCCAAGAUGCUGGCGCGCCUGCUGAAGAGCUCGCACCCCGAGGACCUCCGCGCCGCCAACAAGCUCAUCAAGGACAUGGUGCAGGAGGACCAGAAGCGGAUGGAGAAGAUCUCCAAGCGGGUGAGCGCCAUCGAGGAGGUGAACAACAACGUCAAGCUGCUCACCGAGAUGGUGAUGAACCACAGCCAGGGCGGCGGGGCGGCGCAGAGCAGCGAGGAGCUGAUGAAGGAGUUGUACCAGCGCUGCGAGCGGAUGCGACCCACCCUCUUCCGUUUGGCCAGCGACACAGAGGACAACGAUGAGGCUUUAGCGGAGAUCCUGCAGGCCAACGACAGCCUCACGCAGGCCAUCAACCUGUACAAGCAGCUGGUGCGGGGCGAGGAGGUGAACGGCGAGACGGCCGGGCCCAUCCCCGGCAGCUCCUCUGCCCUGUUGGACCUGUCAGGCCUGGACCUGCCUCCCGCGGGCACCCCCUGCCCCGCCGUGCCCACCCGCUCCUCCGACCCCAGCAGCCCGGAGCAGCCCAGCGCCUCCGUCUCCCUGUUGGACGACGAGCUCAUGGCCCUGGGCCUGAGUGACCCCACGCCGCCCACUGGUCCCAGCCUGGACGGUGCCGGCUGGUACAGCUUCCAGUCCUCCGAGGGCCCCGAAGCCCCCGGCCCGACCCCUGUGCCCGAUGCGGCCAGCAAGGCCCCCGCACCGCCCCCCGCUCCGGCCAGCAGCGGCCUGGAUGACCUGGACCUCCUGGGGAAGACCCUCCUGCAGCAGUCGCUGCCCCCUGAGGCCCAGCAAGUGCGAUGGGAGAGGCCACAGCCGGCCCCGCGCCUCACGCUCCGGGAUCUGCAGAACAAGGGCAGUAGCGGCGCCCCCAGCGCCGGGCCCCCUGGGCCCCUCCACUCCGGCUCCCCUGAGCCCGCGGGACCCCCGCAGCAGCCCGCGGCGCCUGAGCUCUCGCUGGCCCACGUCACGGUGCCCCUGGAGUCCAUCAAGCCCAGCAGCGUCCUGCCGGUGACCGUGUACGACCAGCAUGGCUUCCGCGUCCUCUUCCACUUCGCGCGUGACCCGCUGCCCGGCCGGGCCGACCUGCUCGUGGUGGUGGUCUCCAUGCUGAGCACGGCCCCGCAGCCCAUCCGCAACAUCGUGUUCCAGUCGGCCGUGCCCAAGGCCAUGAAGGUGAAGCUGCAGCCGCCAUCCGGCACCGAGCUGCCUGCCUUCAACCCUAUCGUCCACCCCUCGGCCAUCACCCAGGUCCUGCUCCUCGCCAACCCCCAGAAGGAGAAGGUCCGUCUGCGCUACAAGCUGCUGUUCACCAUGGGCGAGCGGACCUUCACGGAGAUGGGCGACGUGGACCAGUUCCCCCCGCCCGACACCUGGGGCAGCCUCUAGGGGCCGGGGCCGGCGGG